AUGAAGCGAAUUAAUGAAUUCGUAUUUAUAAAGAUUGUCAGGGAUUGUCCGGCGAUGCUCGAGGUUUCAGACACCAUCACGACGGAUCUCGUCGCGAAGACGCAAUUUGAAAUAAAAAAAUGCGAAAAUUUAUGCGGAAGUGAGAAAAUAGAAGCAACAAACGGCGUCAAUGAAGACGAUGCUCCAAGAGUUUCCUUAAAUUACGAUCACACGUUCGAUUUAAAUAAUGAAAAAUCAUCCUAUUGCAAUUCUAGUAUGACAAGCGAUUGCGACGUCGUUUUCAUGGACGACGAUCUCGAAUACUACGACGCGACAAUCCAGGGAGAAGAUUCCGAAGAUAGCGAGAAGACAAUUAAAGAUGAUUUUCUGCUAGAUGAUCGAUACGCAAAUUCUUUGUCAAAAUAUCUCGGCAGUGUCGACUCGACGUACGAAAAAAUAUGUCAAAUUAAGCAUAGCGGAGAAAAAUUUGUCGAUUCAGGGAUUUCUUUAAAUAAUACAAAUGUAGAGGAUAAUAAUGAUGAAAUUGCGCGACGAAUUAUUGACGGUUACGUUGAUUCGCGGAUCAUGGCUGAGAAAAGCGUUCCAAGUGAGAAUAUUGAGGAAGAGAUUAAAGAUAAAGAAACCAGACUUGAACGGAAUAGUAAAUCCUGUAUAAACGACAUUGAAAAUUCUUUUCGAGAAAAAAUAGAUAUAGAGAAUGUAGCUGUUUCAAGUAUAAAAUCCAACAAUUAUUAUAUAGAUAAUAACGAGAGUUAUCUUAAAGAUGCCGUCGAUCUUUUGAAAUAUACGGGAGAGAACAGAACGUUGAGCAUUGAGGAAGACAGUGUAGAAAGAACAAUUACAGAAAUAAAAGAAAUGGAUAAGAUAAUCAAGGAUCUUUUGUAUACAAACGAUGACGAACAAAACGAUUCGGCGGAGGAACGAAUGGUAGAGAGUUUAUCUGCGGAAUUGGAAAGCGAUCACGAUGACGUGAUGCGGAAGAUAAUCGAAAGCUGUUCCAAUGUUUCCAUAGAUUUUCAGCAUCAUUCGCCGAUACGCGAAAAUGCGACUCCCGAUUUCGAAGAAUCGAGUAGCGAAUAUUUGAUUAAGAAAUUUCAGGGAAACAAACUUUUCUCGCAUUUUCGCGAUGUUUCUGAUACUGCCAUAGCGAAAGAGGAUAUACUGAAAACUAUCAAGGAGGCGGAGAAAAUAUUAACUGACAAUCCGUACAGUGACGUGUCGGAGACAAGUGUUAAUGAGAAUUAUGAUAGAGAUAAUUCGUCGGAAAGAUUUACAAAAGAAAUAAACAAUGAUGAAGAAUACAAAACAGUAAAUAAGGAAGAAAAUAAUUUUGUUGAGAAUAAGGAUACAAAGAUAAGUUUAGCAAAUGUGGAAAAUGAAUCGAAUGUUAUUGAUAGCAAUCUGCAAAAGUUAGCUGAGAUCACGUGUUCAGAUCGUCCUAAAUCGCAUAUCGAGAUUCACGAAACUUUGGAGAAGAUAGCGGAAGAAAAAAGAAAAAUUGAAGAUCGAAAGAAAGACUCGUUGGAAACACUAUCGAAGAAAUUCGAGGAGAUCGACAAGUUCAUCGCUGAUCGUUACGAUAUUUCUUAUACGUCUGAUAAAGAUCCUUGUGAAUUUAAAAUUCCUGAGGAUUUCGCCAACGAUUCCGAUAGUCUCGAUGACUUUCAUAUCGAUCAUGGAAACGUCGAGGUUCCUCUAACGAAAGUCGAAAUAAUCGAGAAUUUAAAAAUCGAGGAGUUGGAAAAGGAGCUCGCGAAUGAGAUGGAAGAGCACAAGAAACUAAUGGAUGAAUAUCAAAAAAUUAUUGCUACGGAUUUAGAAAAAAUUAAACAAGCGACUUUAGAGUCUGAAUCUGAACAAAUUAAUAACGACGAAGAAAAUGAUAAAGAAACUGCAAAUCAAUCUAGAAAUGACGAAAAUAUAAGCGACGAAUUAAAUCAAAUGUCUGGAAUAAUGACUGAUACAACAACAAUCGAAGUUGAUUCAGAAUCUGAUGACUCCUUUUUGGAAGAUUUGAGGGAACCGGAAAGAACGUACAUCAAGGGAAAGGUAUAUGAUUUCGACGAGAAAAAGCACGGCGUUAGAAUGACGGAGGAACUUAUCAGGAAGCACUGCAAGGAACAGAGACUCUAUCAGACGCCGCAUUUAAACGACGUUCUGUAUUUGCAUUACAAAGGAUUCUCCUUCAUCGAAAGUCUCGAGAAAUAUACAGGUCUCAAGUGUCUGUGGCUGGAGAGCAACGGUAUACGCGAGAUCGCCAAUCUGGAAAAUCAGGGCGAGCUCAAGUGCCUGUUCCUGCAUCACAAUCUUAUCAGCAAGAUCGAGAAUCUCGACUAUCUGACGAAGCUCGACACUGUGAAUCUCUCGCACAACACGAUACGGAGAAUCGAGAAUCUCGGUGACUCGACGAAGCGAUUAUUAUCCCGGGUAACCUUGACCUUGACGUGCCUCUGCUUUUCAGACGGUCUCAAGUUCCUGAACAACCUGAACCUGUCGCACAAUUAUCUGCGAGAAACCGCUGACAUCGAGCAUCUCCGUCUGCUGCACGCGCUCUCCAUCUUGGAUAUCUCUCACAACAAGAUCGACACCUGCGACGUCGUUGACAUUCUGGGAGACAUGAAGUCGCUGCGCGUCGUAACGUUAACCGGCAACCCGGUGCUGAAGCAGAUAAAGAUGUACCGCAAGACUAUGAUUCUCAAGUGUAAGAAUCUACAGUACCUGGACGAUCGGCCGGUGUUUCCGCGCGAUCGUGCCUGCGCCGAGGCUUGGAUGCGCGGCGGUGCCGAUGAGGAGAUGGCCGAAAGGAACCGGUGGAUCCAGGCGGAACAGAAGAAGAUCAACGACAGUGUCAUGGCCCUGAUAAACAAAAGGAAGCUGUGCAAACCGGUCGGGACGUCCGAAAAGGAGGCGGUGGAUACGAAGAAGGAGACGGAGGAGAAGGAGGAGGAAGAAAAGGACGAAGAAGUUGCCGCGAAGUCAAGCGCGCACACCGCAACGAGGAGCCGCGGUCUGCUCGACCUGGAGAGAAAGAAAAAGUCCGAGGGGCGAUCCUUUCUCGAUUCCUCAUCGUCGUCGGGCGAAGAGCUCGCGAGCGACGAAGAAAACGAACGUAUGCGACAAAAAGCAGACGAGGAAAGUGACGGAAGGAGGCCAAUGGCGGAGGAAGAGAGAAAAGUCUCCGAUGAAAACAACGAGGAGCUUCUGUUGCCCUGGAAAGCCGAGGUAUGCGAUCCUUAAAAAAUUCAACCGCAAAGGUUGGUCGAAGAAGUAUCGGAACAAUACAUUGCCGAUGACAAUCGCAAGAGCAUACAUGAUCCACUCGACAGUCGUAUCGUCGAUGGGGAAAUCAUUGAUCAUAAAAAAAUAUUAGUAACGGAAAAAGAAAAAAUAUCAGAUUUACAAAAACCGGUUGAUAAUGAAAAUAAUGAAACAAACGAUCGCAAAAACGAGAAAGCAUCUACCUGUUCCGUAUCGAGCGACACAUCGGAUCUAAAACAAAUGUUAGAAGAGAAUCAGAAACUCACGGGAACAGUCACCGGCUUGAGAGACGAUGCAUCGAACAAAAAUAUCAAGAGCUAUCAAAGAAAAAACAAAGAAUAUCCGUUCGGUUCUAAACUUAGCAGUAUCCGCGAAGAAAUGAGAGAAUUUUGCGACAAUAUGGACAAGUUUGUUGACGAAAACAAGAUAAUGUUUAAAAACGGCGAGGUGGAAGGAUUCUGGGGCGGGAGAAAAAUGGUAGACGAGAAUCUGCAAACUGAUUCCACUGAUGAUAGGGAGAUUCAAGAAACCGGGACCAAGGUUUCCACGAGCAACGAAGAUAAAUUGCAAUGGUGGAAUACUAAGGAGAGAAAACUGAAGGUCGAGGAGAUUAUAAGACAACGAGAGGACGAAGCGAGGAAAAAUAAAGUGGAGAUUAAGGACGCUGCAACGAGCAAUAAUCCCAAUUGCUCUUCAUUAGAAGAUAGGAAGCAGGUUGAUACUACGGGCAAUUUUCAAGACGUCUACGAUUUAAUGACAAUGAAGACUUGCCCGAGCUCUCUUCCGGAUUCAACGGAAACAUAUUCGAUAAAAGAUAUAGAAAAUUAUACAUGCGAGCGAUCUGCAAAAGUAUCACAAGAAGAAUCAGGCGGAAUAUUCAACAGCCUCUUUGCCGAAUUAAGGAAUCGAGACAAUAUUCAUAAAAUGAGCAAAACGAAAGUCUCAAGCGAAUUGAUGGUUCUGGAGGAGAAAUUGGAUUCCGAAAACUCAACAAUCGACACGAAACAAAAAAGUAUCCCUAAAAUUAUCAAUAUGAUAGAUCUUGUUGAUUCCGCUGAACAAUCCUCGAAAUGCAAAAAAAUAGAGACUGAUGAGAAGUAUCCAAAAAUCGAAGAUUUGGGAGAUAAAUUUAACAAUCUUCUACUCAAAUCUUCAGAAAUAAAGAAAAAUGUCGACGAAUCCGACGAUGAUUCUUUCAAGACAGCAACGUCUCUUGUAGAAGACUCACCAAUUUUGGAAAGCAAUCAAGGGUCACCAAAAGUACUAAAAUUAUCCAACGCAGAAGAUAACUGUGAUAAAAUUAUCGAUUCGAGUAAGAAUGAAAAUGUCGAUUUAAAUGACUGUUGCGAGAAAAUAAUUUCAAACAAAGAGCGCAAUGAUCUUAUUUGCGGGAACGAGAAAAUCAUUGAUAAAAUAGAAAAAUCUUCCGCUAAAAUUGAAAUGUCAAACAGCGAGCAGAAAUUAUCAGCUGGUAUCGAGGAAUCUAAUUCUCAAAUGGAAUCGCUCGUCCGAGCGAUAGAUCGCUUAACUCUGGGAAGAACGAAUCAGCCGUCUUUGAGACUGACUGGCAAAAGAACUCGCGAAGCCGAAGAUAUCGAAGUAAAUAACAAGAAAUCCUUCCUUAUUAAGGAAAUACACUCCGGAAGAAAGUCGGAGGAACGCAAAUCCCGCAGUCAAAUCUCUGAAAAAUGCAGACAGCACGUGAUACAAGAGACGAAGAAAUUCGCGAAGAAAGUAUCGCCGCUGAUCGAUAAAUGCAUAACGAAUCUGAUAAAAGACCCAGAAAAUGUAGACGGAAAAUCGCAAUAUCAUAAAUACGAUCGGCGAAGUCUCGGUGAAUAUUUGCCGUCCGGUUUAGUUUCGAAAAUAGAUUUUAAUAAACCCGCAGGUGAUUCUGGCGAACGAAAAAAUUGGCCCGUUAAAUAUGACAACAAAUCUAAUGAUGUAACAAGCGUACAGUCUGGAAAACAAGAAUUAAAGCAAACUAUUAAUUCGGAAUCUGCCAAUGAUUCAGCAUCAGUUAAUGAUUCUGAUAUUAAAUCGCUUGCCAAUAUAUUGCAACAGUCUGAAAGCAUCUAUGAGUCGGAAUCAUCGGCCAUAAAUGCUGACGUAUCGCUUUACAAAGAAUUUUGCGAUCAUCUGCACAAAUUAGAAAGCGAAAAGAAACUGCUGAUUAAGUCAGAUUUCACGAUGGACAGAGAAGAAAAAUCAAAAGAAAAGUUACCUGACGAUAAAUCAGUACAGAAAACAGAAUAUCCGAUAAAGAAACCAGUUAAACCAUUGAUUGAAGUGAUUUCUGAAAAUCCUGAAAUUUCUAAGGAUUCUAAAUCAACUUUGGAACAGAAAGAAAUUAAAGAAAGACACACCUCUCAAAAUGUUUUCGAUUAUUGUCAAAAAAAAGAUCAGGUUGUCUUCGGGUCGGUCGAGGAGACGAUUAUGAUGUCUGAAGAUUCUGAAAAUCACAUUAAUCAAGAAAGCGCAAUUAACUUGACAGAGGGAAUAAAGGUCGAAGUGUUUUCAACGUCGCGUACAUUAGGCAACACAGAAUGCAAAGAAGAGUGUAUAUUGCCAAAGGAGAAACGCGAAACUACCACGAUGAAUAUGAAAAAAAGUAUAGAGAUGCAAGUUGCGCAGGAAGACCAGAACGAAUUAUAAUCUUUUACUAUAUUAUUCUCAAAUCGAUAAUCGCAGUUAAUAAUAUGUGCUUCAUGUACGUCAAUCGGAUAAAGUGUAAAACUGACAAAAACUAUUUAUAGGAAAGCAAGUGUCUUUACACGAUUCGUCGUAGAUGAAAAUACAUUCGCUAGUUUAAGUUUGUAAUAUGUUCGACACAAAAGCUUUUUCUUAUUCUUCCAUUUGAAAUAAAUACUUUACCAUUGAUUUAAGAUCGAUUUUGUGAAUUCGAGGAUUACAAAAAUUUGAAAUGAGAAAGAAACGAGACAGGUGGUGGAACAGAUCGACCUUCUACUACGUACACUUUAUUUUUGUGUUCCACACUCACAUCAAUUAUAUAAUAAUAAUAAUAAUCAUAAUAAUGAGACGCGAUAGCGGUGAUGUCAAUGGGCCGUAAUUAAUAAUAGUAAUAAUAAUUAAUCCGUAAUUAUAUGCGCAAUGAUAAUCGGUCGCACGCGAAAGAAACGAUAGUCUGUCACGUUUAAAUAUAUUAUCUCUUUACCCUUUUCGUCUCUUAUUCAGCCUGUGGCCUCCAGAAAGAUUUCAGAUGGACCGUUUAUACCCGCAGAAGCUAACCACCUUGUCACUUGGCAAAAAGCUCUUGAUAUUAUACUAUAUUUAUAUAGAGUGAUGCCGCAUAUAACGAAAUUGUCUCUCCUCCCCCAUUCUUCCUUUCUCGAGUCUCGACUCCCUGUUUUUUUUUUUUUUUCACAUCGUCUCCCGUUCUGUUUACAACAUAUCUGUGUAGGAAAUAAUAAGGAACGUGUAUUCCUCCCCUCUCCUUCUCUCUCAAACAAGCGUACGGAUUACAUGCCUUCCGCUAAGAUCGUUUAUAGUAAUAGAUUUAUAAAUAUGCACGUAUAUAUCACCUCGCUGUCCUCUUCGCACAGGCACGCAGAAAUAAAAUUUGGUAUUCUGUUUUUUUUUCUUUUUUUUUUCUUUGUAUGUAUCUUUGUUUUCUUUUUCUCACUCAUUCUUACAUAGUUUACUUGUAUUCUCUCAUAGAUAAUUCUUUUCUCUCUCGCUCGCAUUCUCGUUUGCUCUCUAAUUGUAAGUUAUUCUUUAAAACGUAUCAAGGGUGUCGAUAAAGAACGAUCGAUGAUCGAGACUGAGAAAAUUGGGGCGAGUUUUCACGAAGAGAUUUCCUUUGAUUUGAAAGCGCGAUCUUCGCCGCGUUCAUCGAUCAAACGCUUCAUCGACACCCUGCACAUACGUCUCUUUGGGCUUAUCCCCUCGUACUAUCGUAUCGUUAUCGUGAUAAUAGUUGUGUGCCGGUUGUUUCCGUCGCGGUUAAUGAUUAGUUGAUGCGUUACAGCCCUUACAUUUUACGACUUAUGACUUACGUUAUACAGAGAGUAUCUUACGCACUAAGUGUUUCUCUUUCCAAAAAGUUGGAAAGUUCGCCGCUUUGGUUUCUCCUUCUUUUUUUUUGUCCCUCAUCGUAGGGCCACCAUCGACUUCUCAUCGUCGAUUACGUACAGUUUCGUCGAUAACAAAAUCGAACAGCGCUUUUGUCAGAAAAGAUGCUCCUUAUGUUCGGUUUUGUUUCUCAACAGCAUAAAAAAGAAGCAAUUGUUCUCGCGACACCGUAACAGACAUAUAAUUCCGGUCAUCGUAAUUUGCAAUCACGAAGUAGAAGCAACAGAACUUUGUCACACCCCUGUCACGUUCUCUGUAUUUUUUUUUUUUUCUUUUGCAGUUUGGUUUUUAUUAUAUAAGAGAUUGCUCAAUCUCACUUUGACUUGAUUAAAAAAACGCGCGUCAGUCUUUUGCUCUGAUGCAAUAAAAAUAAAUCUUCUUUCGCCGUUCCCUUACUUUUGUUCCCGUUUCGGACGAAGCUUCGUCGUGAGUUAUAAUAACUAAAGCGAUGCGAUUCUUAUUUCUUACAAGAGCGCGUUUAAUGAGCGUUCUCGCCGAUAAAUUCUGAUAAGCUUUGUACUUCGAUAAUCAUUUUUUAAUUAAGAUUGUCAUUGUAAUAUUGCAAAAAACUGAGUUAAAAGGAAAUAAAUAAAGCAAUAUACCGAAUUUAUGUUGAAAAAAUAUACGAAUAAAUAUUCUUUUUUAUUUCAAAGAUAUGUUCCAAUAAAUAUCAUCGUGAAUAACGUUAUAUAUUUAUGUAUCUGAUAUUAAAAACUUGCUAAAAUAUUUUUUUUUAAUCUUAAACAUUGUUACAAUUAAGAAACGUGAAAAAGUUAAAGCGCGUAAAAAUACGAGUUUAUCAGUUUCCCGUUUUUCUCCUUCAUGAUUGCAGAUCGAACGAACCAGACCUUCGUAGCACUAAGUUUACAAUAAAAUUACGUAAAAAUCGUUAGACGAUUCAAGGCGCGCCUAAAGGAAACUUUACAAAACCAUAACCAUGUCUAGGUAAUGAAAUUCUAAAAAAUGCCGUUCCCUUAUUAGAAUGUCGGCUCAUUAUUAUAGAAUCACGUUAAUGUUAAUGAGAAAUGCUGCGAAGGAAUCGAGUUUACAAGUAGUAACAAAAGCUCGUGUUUCGAAUUCGCGAUUCGCUUAAAAGGAUACGCACUUCGUUUGCACACCCUCUUAGGUAUAUUUACGUAUGUAUGUGCUUAAAAAAAUCGCGCGCGCGUCGAUGACUAUAAAUGACUUAGGAUACGAUAUUGAAAUCGAAAGAUAUUAUUAUCGAACACUAUGCAAACGUGACCCUCGUACGCUCGUCGUCUUUUUGACACGUAUGACAUUUGCGAUGCAGUUUCUCUGGGCAUAUUUAAUAAGCGUUACGCAUUUAAAUACGCAAUUAAAUAAUUAAAAUGUGUGAGAUGUAAAUAAAUACGUAAUUAGUAUUCACUUUCUCUUGCGAUCGAUAAAGCAUAUAUUCGCAUAGCUUCUAUUUUAAUUGCAGAUUUUUUUAGAUAUAUUCCGCCGAAACGCAUUUGUCAAGUUUCUAUUUUCUUUUCUUCGUAAUCUCUUAAAUAUGCACAGAGAAAGAUACGCGAAAGAACUAAACAGCUCUCGCGUACUGCAAUCUCUUUCACAUGCAAAUCUCGCAGUUUCAUGAAAUAAAAUAAUUAAUCAAUCGCCCCCGUCUGGCUCAAUUUUUACUUUGCGGAAUUUUAAAAACCGCGACGGGAGAUGUAAAUAUAAUGACGCUCUGAGUUGAUAUCAUGAUACUAAUUAUGAACCAUGCAUCCUUAAUUGCGGUUACCGUACAGAUGAGCUAUGUCGUUUUCUUUUUUUCUACGUAGAUGAUUUACCUGAUAAUGAAUGAAUACAGACAGAUGACUUUUGUGCUUGAAAGAAUCAUUUCCAGAUUAUAUUUCGCGUAAACUUCUCUCUAUUGCGGAAUGUAAUCAGACGUUAUAUUAUUCUGAUAAGUUUUCUGUGUGAAAGUGUAGAUAUAAACAGAUACCGAAAGCCAGCGUAGCUUAUUGCGGUAAAAAUAAUGCGUAUAUAAGUGUGUGUAUGUGUAAAGAUAUUUUUAUAUUAAAAACAUUUAAAUGGAAUGGAAUAACCCGAUGUAGGGAGAAAGAAAAACUUUGAAAUUUGACUCCAAUUCGAAUGCAACAAUUAUCCAUCUAUAACUCAAUGAAAUUCGCGUCUUUCUUCUUAUUAUCCGUGAACAGAUUGUAAUUCUCUUCCGAAACAAUUCUUCCUAACGAAGAAUGCGAAUGACGAUGAAUUCCGCGACAGGGACACAUCCACGAGGUCUCCGAAAUAUGACGAUUAUAUCGCAAAAAAAAAAAA